AUGGAAGAAACGCCAGUAUUCGCUCCUUCAUCCUCAACCAAAGCAACAGUUCGUAGAUCCACAAUCUUCUUUCAAAGAAACUUCAAAGCCAAGGAUCGCGACGUUAUCUUAGCUUCCAUGCCUAAAUCAGGCACCACUUGGCUAAAAUCACUAAGCUUUAGCAUCAUCAACCGCAAGAAGAACUCAAUACUAAAGGGCCCUCUCCUCACCACCAAUCCUCAUGAGCUUGUACGUUUUCUGGAGUAUGAUUUAUUUCUGGAAUGUGAAAAACCUGAUCUUGAUGCCUUCUUAUCAGCAAAAGCACUUCCCAUUGAUGAAGAUUUUGGAUUAUUUUGCAAAGGCAUAUACCCGUUGGGACCCUUUUGGGAUCAUGCUGAGGGGUACUGGAAUGCAAGCUUAAAUGAUGUUCAAAAGGUGUUGUUUCUCAAGUACGAGGAUCUCAAAAUAGAUGCAACUUCUCACGUGAAGAAGCUAGCAGAGUUUUUGGGAUUUCCUUUUUCUCCAGAGGAAGAUGAAAAUGGUGUAGUUGAGGAAAUUGUUAGGCUUUGUAGCUUAGAGAAUCUCAGGAAUUUGGAGGGGAACAAGAACGGCGGUGUUAAUACUCCAGCUACUAAGUUUAAGGCUAGUUCCUUUUUUAGAAAGGGAAAAGUAGGAGAUUGGACAAAUUUUCUUACUCAUUCCAUGGCAGAACGUUACAAGAAAAUCAUGGAAGAAAAAUUGGGAAAUGUGGCUUAUCAUUUGAACUGUUCUAAUGGUUGA